AUGGCGGACCAGGUGUCUGCUUUUGAGAUUUUACCAGACAAUAUCGUGCUGCAUAUUCUUUCUUUCCUUUCUUGCGAAGAUCUGUGUGCAGUGCGCCAUGUUAAUCAUAUGCUUAGACGUCUUUCAUCGGACAGGAGUCUUGUCUGGAAUUCAGACUUUGAGGGAUGUUACAAGACAAGUGAAAAGGCAUUUGAAAUGUAUAUUCAAGCUGGUGGUCCUCGCAUUCAUCGCCUGAACCUGAGUCAUUGCUACUGGCUGUCUGGACAGAGUGUCUUAAAUGCCCUGAAGAGAUGUACAAAUCUUCAAGAACUUUACAUUUUAGAUAUAAGUCUAACUCCCAAGAAACUAAUCAAAAUUCUCUGUGGUCUUCCAAAUCUAGUAACAUUUGCCUUUACUGUCACAAACAUGGAUGAGUUUGAUACAGAAUUGGAGGGCAAUAAUGCUGCUCGGCUUACAAUGAUGGGGAUCAAGCAUCUCACUAUUCACUUCAAAGUGCCACUUUCUCUUAGGACAGAAGCCUCUAUCUCCGUACAGUUCCUACAGAAGAAAACCACAUUUUUCGAACAUUGUAGAGACUUGGAGAGCUUCCAUGUGCUGGGUCAUCCAAAUUUAGGAUGUGGUCUUCCAAAAUUACUCCUACAACCCAAUGUAGACAAAGUUGAAAAUUUAAAAAAUGUGAAGGAAAUUUCACUGAACUAUGCAAUAGAUCCUGCUGCUAGGAUAUUUUAUUAUGGCACACUGCUGUCUGUGGCUAAACUGCAGUUACAGAUGACUACUGUGCUUAAUCCAUCUGCAAACUUUGGGAGUGAAAUAAAGACAGAUUUUUGGAAUAUCUUUUGGAAGUCACAAUAUCUAUUACAAAAUUUGGACAUUUCCAGUAUUUCAAUACAGAAGAUUUUUACACAUGUGUUUGAUCCAGAGGUUCCAAAACCAAACUUGCAAUACUUGAAUUUGUCAGACACAUACUUCACAUCAGAAGAAGGACCCACCAGUAAUCUUACAUCACUCAUAUGUGUCUGCCCAAAUCUGAGGAGUUUAAAUUUGAGAAAUAGUCAGAUCAUCUUCACCAACCCAAGUAGAGAGAUGGUGGAUGUGGCAGGAAUCUCUAGACUGGUAUCUACAUGUCAUUCUCUGACUGAAGUUAAUCUGGGGGGAAUACACAUGCACGACCUUGAGGUCACGUCACGGGUGUCACAGCUAUUGGCCAACUGUCAUGGUUUGAAGUCUUUAGCUGUAUCUUGCUGUUGCUGUAGUUACCAAAGUGCCAAAUGUAAAGAAAUGUCAAGUUGUGGUGGAGCAGGCCCUCCACUGAAGAGGCAGAGAACUGGGGUCAGUAGUACAAAGGCAUUUCCCUCUACCUCAAGUGACUGUGAUGACAUAGAGAUUGACCAUUGUCCUGAUACAGGAGGUUUGGAAUCCUUGGUCAGGGGCUGUCCAGGGAUGGUCAAGUUUGAACUGGUAAAUGCUGGGCUAACUAGACCAGUAGUCCAUCAGGGUCACAAUGGACUAAUGCCAAAGUCGUGCCUGUACAAACCAUGUUCAGAAUCAGCAGCUCUUAAUGACCAAAGACUGUUCUGUAUCCGUAAAUGGAAACACCUUAAAUACCUCCAGCUAGCUGGCCUUCCUGGUAUCAUGACAGGAUCAUGUCUGGUUGCUAUAGCAACAGGCUGUCAGUUCCUUGAACGCCUCCACAUUGCUUACAUAGGGCUGAUGGGACACCCUAAUUUUGCCCGCCAACUUUGCCAGUCCUUGCCAGAAUUUAAAGCUCUCAAAGAUCUCAGGGUAGAGCAUGGUUACCUGUCAGUUGACUCCCAUUUCUGCAAGGCAGCUCAGUCUUGCCAGACUUUACAACGUCUGUGUGUUAUGUCAUCCGGUGGAACAAUAGACUCUGCCUCUGUUAUAUCCCUUGUUGCCAAUCGUCCCUCCCUUGUUGCUCUACAAUUGUUUACAGAGACCAACAAGACUCACUGUAGACGACUCCAGAAAGCUAUUGAGGACAGGUUUGGUUCAGCACGUCCUGCUUUGAGGGUGUCAAUCUGGCCGCUGUUUGAUACAGAUACACCCAGUAUGAUGAACAACAUUCCGACUAAACAUCUUGAGGAACUUACAGUAUUUAGUUCCAGAAUUAGUGACAGUCCACCAAACUGGAAGUGGUGACUUCAGUCAAUAGAACAAAAGAGACAAGAUUGUGGUGGCUGGAAGCAAUAAAAUCACACUUGAAAUCAGUCAGUCUCUGGCUUCAACAGGUAAACAGCUAGCCAAAAUUCUCUAAGAGGCCAAUCAAGUGAUAGUACACUAAAAAAUAAAGAUGAUGAUUUGAAAUGUUUGACAUAUGAAAUCUAAUCAGCCUACUACUGUAUGUACUAAAUAACACUAUAUAAUAGGAAAAGAUAAUGAUGUUGGUACAAGAAACUUAAAAAGUGAAACACUUGAUGUAUUUGAAAAAAAAGAAAUUGUAAAUUUCAGUCAUAAUAAAUCGCUGGAUAGUAAUAGAAGGUAAAGUUGUCAAGGUAGGAAUAUUGUAUUCUUGAAUUGGUGAAUUAUGCCACCCUUUCACUACUUUGCCCUUUCCUCACCUGAAAAACGGAAAUGAAAGGUAGACUUGUCAGCAAUAAUGCUCAACUAGGAUUCUGAACAUGUAAUGGGAGUCUGAUAUCAGAAAAUGAGAAAAUUCAAGCCAGAUACUAUCACAAUCUGUUGUAAACAAAACAAAAAAUGUAGGAUGUUUUAUAAUGUGGAAAAAAUGAAUUACUAAGUUGUUGUCACACAUACAUGUUGUGAGAAAUGUAAUGCUCCAGUACGGUGACACAUAGGUACUCGCGAUGAGGCCUGCUCCAGUACAGUGACACAGAGGUACUCACGGUGAGGCCUGCUCCAGUACGGUGACACAUAGGUAUUCACGAUGAGACCUGCACCAGUACGGUGACACAUAGGUACUCAC